AUGGCGGCAACGCCGCCCGCUUUUGGCGUACACGCCGACUUGACAUCCCAGCGUCAGUUCAAGAAGCACAAACCCCUCCCUCGACCCCGCCAUGAUCCAAGGUUCCAUGAUGCUCAGCUUGUUCGAGAAAAGUACCGAAUCAUCGUCGAUACGGCCGCUGUCAUAACGGGCGACUCGCACCUUUCGAGUCCCCGAUCUCCGAAGCACGAGUCGAGGGUGAUAAGCUCAGGUCCAGACCCGCCUCCUACUCCGCCGAAUCACUCUCGAACAACUUCCAGCAGCCAUUCCGCCGUACCAUCAAGUCCGACGAUCAGUACCAGCCAUCUCCUAAUUACCCCUCAAACUUUACCUCACAGGCCUAUAGCAACUCCUCCCGACCAGCGAAGUCCCCCGACUCCCGACGUCACGCCCCCAGGCCCCGCGACCCGCGCGCGAGCUUUGCGACUGUCAGUGCGAGAUCGCGGCCUAUCCAAGAAUACCCUGGCAGAUUCGCGCACCGAAUCUUUCCAAACGGCACGAGAAGAGCUUUCUUCUCCCGAGGACGAUCCCACUCGGCCAAACGAUAGUGGUUCUCUAACAACCUCACGAACCGCAAUCCGGCACGUCUCCGACAGCAAGGCCACAAGCACUAUCCAACUCCCGACGCUGGAUCUGGCAUUGGAAAAGCUGGAAAUCAAACCAACUGUUUCCCAUGACUCACCUCCCAGAGAAGAAUGUGGCAGAUUGCAGGCAAGCUGCCUCGAGAGGGAGCCAGUUGACAAGUCGGAAAGAUGCCAACGCCCAACCACCACGGGAGUUGCUCGUCAAAUCGGUCACGAAGCAAUUUGCAGGUAUGACGUCGUCUCGCCGACGAAUGCAACAAAAUAUGCCCGUCAAAUAUCGCGGCGUGAGGGUGCUGUUGCGGAUUCGUCUUCUCCCAGUCGCGAGCAUGACCUCGCGCAUUCGGGGACCAGGGUGCGGUCGGAUACUCGACGGUUUUCGAGCCAGUCUAUGAAUUCUAUGCGUUCCGUCAAUACUGAGACUAAUCCAGUUGGUCUUCCACCUCAGCGACAGAGAACUCUUCGCCGAGUCCAAAAGCAGAGUGUGUUGCGAGAGCCCAGCAUGACGUGCCAAGUGUCGGCCCGGACCGGGACCAACUUGAGCCGUCGUUCGAUACCGUUGCCUAGCACGCGACGUGAGGCUGAAUGUCGACCUGACGACCCCCGCACGUCAAAUGCAACCACACCCACUUCAUCCAGCGGGCGGGCAAGACGUGAAGUAUGGAAGAGCGGCGGAAUACCAGUCGUCAUCAUACCGCAACGGCUGUCCUCGAGCAAACUACCGCCGACCAAGACGCCUUCCCUGCGAUCUACGUCUAGCAGACGAUCGAGGAGGACUAUGAGCGAUGGUCUGCCACCCCGAAACACGCACCCCUGCGACCAUUUGGAGGCCGAACCGAACCACCGAGGUAGGAGUCGAGUCCCGACAGAACUCUUGGGCCCAAGGACCAUCGAUUUUCCCCCGUCCAUCCCUGCGCGAUCUUCGUCUCUGUCAGCUCGUGGCAGCGGCAAUACCUCGCGAGCUGCUUCCUUGACUAGGGAGAGCGUUGCAGCUAUCAUCAGCUUUCACCAGCCGCCGUCGCGCGAAACAGAAGAAAAUGUGUUGCUCGACCCAAAGCUCCAUCAUAGCCCUCUGCCAGGAAUGGACGCUCAGACACCGAUGUCCGUCUCAAGUCGGUUUGAGCAAAGGGAGAGCCAAGACUUCACUCUUAGUCGCCAUGAUGACGGGUUUGCAUCGAAGAGAAUCUCUUCCAGGAACACCCCCUUCAGCAUUGCUUCCUUUGAGACGAUUGGCACGGCUCCCGAAGUGUCUGAAGCCCUCGUCGUUCACAUGUACCCCCACCAGAAUUCCUCCAUCGUCAUCGUCAACCAAUCAAAGAAGUCGACUGAGGCAUCUGGCAGCACAAUUGACGAGACGCAAGCGAGGGAAUUACCGGCCAGCCCCCCGAGGAUUACGAGGACAAACCCUGGUGGAGGGAUGGUGACCCCGCCUCAGCAGAUUGCCUCCGAUGAAGUUGAUUCUCCCCUCCGCAAUCCUCGACCACCACCACAGCCGCCAACGUACCCCCCGACCAUCAAUUUCAUCCCGGCGACUCCUUCGGGCACGACGCCGGCAGAGGAAAGGCCUGCACAGCCUAGUCCUCGUCGCCGUCCAUCCAUUGUUCGAAGAGCCCUGAGCCGCCGUCGUCAUUCCGUCGACUACCCUCCCACAUCAACGAAGCUCCCUGGUCUUCUGACAAGGACGCUUUCCUUGUCAAAGCAGGGCCGCUAUCUUUUGGGAGCGACCACAGCAGGGGGUGACGGUGACGUUGCCGAUUUCGCCAACCGGGAAAUGGCACAGUUCACGGAUGAGGACAAACUGCAUCCGUAUUGGCGGCCUCAGUGGCCGAAAGAGGAGGGCGACGGCGACUAUAAGAACCAUGAGCACAGUUUCGAAGACGACGUGCACCUGCACACAGUCGUGAACAAUGGGUCCCGGAUGCCAAAAAGGAGUCUCAGCGCAAGGAUGAAGCGUACAUUCGCGAUCAUGCCUAUCCGCGACGACCAAUAUCCAGUCGGCAACAUGCCAAGCCCCGAGCGACGCACCAUCCGGCGGACUCCUAGUGGUAGUCUUAGAGUCAUGCGACGCCGGGCGAGCGCAGACUCGACGAGACGACGAGCGAGCCUACUGGACGGUACGUCGCCAAGCCCAGUCGAAGGGGCUCGCUACCGUUUCUGGCAAAGCCAAAUCGUACGACGACGACCAAGCCAGAAAAGAUUACGUCGGUUUUCCAUCAGUAGCCGCUUUGAAGAGAUGCAAAAUCUGCCACGGGUGCUCAGCGAACGGAGACGGGAGAAGCGUUCACAACAACUUCGGCAGAUGAUCAGUGGGCCCAAGGAAGUUCGUCACGGAGUUGAUGAAGUAAUUAAGACGAUGAGCACCAAGGACCAGCCAUACGACAGCAGAGCAUUGAUCUGA